AUGGUCAAGAAGGAAAAAGACAGGGCGGGCGCAGCAAACGGCUACAAGUCUUGUGGUUUGAAGCCUGCGGACUUUCAAGAGCAGCAGUUCACUGCAGCGGAUCUGGACGUGGAUGCCGUCAAGGCAGAAGCAGCCGAGCAAGAGCAAGAGGAGAAGGACAAUGUUGAUGAGGAGGCACGGAGCAUACGACUCAUCGCAUGUGCUGCUGCAGCAAGCAGAGCUGUGCCCUCGCUUGCCUUCAACAGUUGUGAUGGAACCUUCAGCCGAGCAAAGAAGGACACCUGGGAUGAGGUCAAAUAUAUCCUGGAGAUUGACAUGGCAGGCAGAGAGGAUGGCCGCAGCGUGGAUCCGAGAUCUGACAACUUGAACGAAUUCCGUCAGAUCAUGAACCGCGAGGUGCUUCCAGACCUCGAUAAUGCCGUCAAGGACUGUGUGUUCGGCGUUGUCUCCCUCAUUUGGUUGACGCUCGCCCUGGUCGACUCCGAGGAGGGCUUGGAACGAGCACGGGAACUGGAGGCCAUUGCGGACGGCUUGUUCUUCCAGUUUUCAGAGCUCGUCGAGGAAUCUGGCUGGCCGCUUGAUCCGACGAAGUUUUUCAGCUACAGGCAGCUUCUUGGACAUGAAGACAACGAAUGUGGGGGAUCGCAACUGCGUGUCUUUAUGUACAACUCCACCUCGGACUUGACACAGCGGCGAUUGAUUACAGGCUCCGGGAUGAUGGCUGCAGCAACUCACAUACAUUCCUACCUGGAGCGUGCCUCCUGCAUCGUGCAGGAUCCGGAGACCGCAGACCUCUUCUUCAUUCCAGCUUACCAUGGCGACCAGUACAACAACUUCCUGGAGAAACGUGCUCAUGCAGACGACUCUGAAUUCUCGCAUCUUGCGCGGCGGCGAGGACAAGAUCAUUUCUUUGUCGUCUCGGCAAACCUGCCGUCUUGGAAACAUCUUGCUCCACUUCGCAACACCAUUCUCCUGACGGUUGAAUCCUGGCAAAUCAAUGAUGAUCUUCCGCGGUGGUCUUCACCCUGGAAGGACAUCAUGAUACCAGGCUACAUUGACCGUUGGCGGAUUGACGCGAUGCGGAUGGUCAACAAACCCACGAACGAGCGCGGUUUCCUGAUGGUGUUUCAUGGAAAUCAUCCUGGGAAUCACGGCCUUUACGUGGCACACAAGGCUAAGGCGCCUGUUGCCUUCGAUGACCAACUAGGUGGACGCACUGGCUUGUGUGUGAUGACAUACUCUGUUUCGGCCCUGCUCUUCCUGGCCUUCGGCCUUGUGGCAGUGAAUGCAACAGCACCGCAGAAGGUUCGGCCAAGCCUGCGGCAGGUGGCCACCCAGGCGCAUACCGCGGCUGCCGCGAAAGGUGUGCCGAGGCUCUUUGGACGCAGCUUCCAUGAUGCUCCUGUCGGGAAUGCGGACUGGGUGAACCAUAAGCCACGCAUCUUCGUGCUGGGAGACAUGGAUCCAACUGCGCCCAUGGAUCGGCUCGACGGAGUGGCGCAGCAUGCCUCUCUGACGGGUGCAAAGCCAGCUGCUCCUGCUGGGGAAAGGUUGCCACUGCUAGAAGAUGGCACUCCCCCGAUGGCACCGGAUUGGAUGCCAUCAAAGAAGAUCAGACAGCGAACGUUUCCGCAGCAGCCGCCACGAGGCAAUAGUGGCGUCGGUGAAGGUGGCGGUCUGGACAAUCCGGAUGGUGCAUCACCGAUUAUCGACAUGGACAAGCGUCGUCUCAUCGCCAAGCCAGAUCGAUUGCGGACAGGCAAGGGCCCUCCAGUUGUUGGCAGCUUGAAGCGCGAGCUGUUGGACGACACGGCGGCAAACUAUCCCUUGAUGGCACCCAAGGAUCGGCUUUCGAGUGGAGAGGCAGAGGCCGUGGCGACGGUUGACCGGGUUCCUGCAUACGUGUCCAGGUAUCUGGAACAACGCGUGAAUCUGGACCAGAGACGGAUUACCGAAAAACGCUUGAAUCAGGAGUGGGAUCGAGCAGAUGUGAACAAAGAUGGCGUCGUGUCGGACGAGGAGUUCAGCCUGGAGCUCCAUGGCAGGCAAGGCAAGUCUGCAGACGAAGUGGAGCGCUUGUGGGAGCGCUACCAUCAGUCCGAGGAUGAGUUCAUGACGAAAGCCGAAUUCCUGCGCCUGGCUCGCACAGGCUACGACCUGGGGACCAUCUCACGAAAAGAUGUAUCAGCAAUGAUGACUCCGAGCAACAUGAAAGGCCUUGGCUUCUGGGGUGCCGGUGCAACCUGCCCCGCUGGGGCAUAUGCUUCAGCCUCGCAGCGCCUCGGAAGCUAUGCCGGCGACUCCGAGCGAGUUGUCACCGAGGUCACUGGCGCUCAGAUCAAGAAGAUGAAGGUGCCCCUCUCCUCGCCUGCCGUCGACGAGAGCGGAGUCAACGCCUUGAAAUUCCAGUGCAGUGACGGCACCAAGGUUGCCACUGCAGAAGGACCUGAUGGGGAGUGGUCAAACUGGACUCGCUGCCCCGAAGGCCAGGCGGUGUACAGCUUCCGCUCGCAGGGACGCAGCCCAAGGAACGGCCUGGACAAUGCGGGCAUUACUGGAUUGGAGUUCAGCUGCCGAGCCUUCGACCUCAGCGCCGUCUCCAAACUCAACUUCUCAACCACCGAGGAGGCUGCCUGGUCGGAAGAACUUCGCUGCCCUCCUGGAGAGACGGUGUGCGGAGCCCAGGCCAACGUGGUUCAGGAUGCGGCUGACAACAUGGGAGUCGCAGACCUCCGCGUCUACUGUUGCCAGUCAUCCAUCGACUGCUCACAGAUUUGCUCAAAUGCGCAGAAGGGCAUCAAGUUGGUCAAGUGCCGAGCUUGCAGAAAGGUGCGGACACAAAUCCUGGAGUCUUUUACUGGCAUACCAGACUGCAGCGUUGGCGGUCCUGUGCCGGACUUCUUCCAGAGGAUGGGAAGAACUCAUUUCUGCUUGGUUCCUCGUGGCUCUUCGGCAUGGACUAUUCACCUUUACGAGAGCUUCUUCUUUGGUUGUAUUCCUGUAAUCAUAUCCGACUUCUUGGAUGUCCCCUUCCAGAAUGUGGUCGACUGGCCAGCCCUGAGCAUCAAGUGGCCGGAGGAGAAGGUCGGCCCGGAGCUCCUGAGCUACCUGCGCAGCAUUCCGCUGGACAGGAUCGCCAAGAUGAAGCAAAACCUGGAGGAAGCCGCCUGCUUCUUCGACUUCCACCGGGGUUGGGGCCGAAAACGCCGAAACGAAGAGGGCGACAGCGCCUCCAACUCGUGGCUCUCCUGGGCCAAGGACCAGGUGGCCUUAGGUGUGGAUUGCGAGUACCUGCAGCAUGGGGACGGGACGUCGCUUGAAGACUGCAAACGCAGCUGCACACAGCGUCAGCGCUGCAACACGGUGAACUUCUCACCUGGACGCGCAGACGCGGAGUCCGGGGAUUGCGUGCUGAGGAGCUGUAGAGACCCAGCGCAGCCUGCACUCACGGGAAGUGCCAGUGGCUGGCAAGUUUGGUCUAUGGUCAAUGAUACGGACCUUGCCUGCUCGCCAUACCAUGCAAUCUUCGGCCAGCUCCAGCAGCGAACACAGCGGCCUUUGCAGCAGGGGGCCUCCACUUUGUACUGCUCGCACCGACGCUGGCGGACGCUGUGGUGCAGAGCGCCGCCCGACGAUGUGGCGAAGGAAGCGAUCGCGGCGGUGUUGGUCGUAGUCGUGCUGGGCCCCACCUUGCCAGACAGAGCUGAGCAGCUUCCGGAAGGAACCCCUGAUGCGGAGGGGGCGGCCGACGCCACGGCGAAGCCAGACCCGUACCUCAUGGCUGAUGCUGCGUAUAUCCAGAAAGACACCAGAUGGCGGAACAAGCAGCGAACGCUUGUGUUCUGCAGCCGCGGAGUCACAGCAAGGUUUCGCCACUUGUGCGACGACCUUCGCAAGCUUUUACCCCACCACAAAUCCGAACCUAAGUUUGAGAAACGAUCAAACUUCAACGAGAUCAAUGAGAUCUGCGAGCUGAAGAACUGCAACAAUGUCGUGUUCUUCGAAGCUCGAAAACGAGAAGACUUGUACCUUUGGGUCGGCCGAGUGCCCUCUGGCCCGACCAUGAAGUUUCAGGUGUUGAACAUCCAUACUACGCAGGAGGUCAGACUAGCUGGGAAUUGCCUCUUGGGCUCCCGGCCGAUAAUGUACUUUGACAAAAGCUUCAGUGAGGUGUCAUACCUGAAGCUUGUCAAAAGCUUGUUUAUCCAGGUUUUUGGUACUCCGCGAAAUCAUCCCAAGAGCAAGCCGUUCCAUGAUCACAUCAUGUGCUUCUACUGGCUGGACAAGAAGAUUUGGUUCAGGCACUACCAAAUCUCGCCGGAAACGCCGGAGGACAACAACAAGCCUGAGAAGCAGGUCCUGACCGAGAUUGGCCCUCGCUUCGUGCUGGACCCAAUCAGAAUCUUGGGUGGAAGCUUCAACGGGCAAACCUUGUACCUGAACCCUCACUACAUGUCGCCCACGGCCUUGCGGGUUCAGGCAAGGAAGUUGCUCAAGAACCCCUAUGUAAAGAAGCUCAACGACAAAGCAGAGAGAGAAGAGCGCAAGCAGGCGAACGAGCUUCCCGAAGAUCCUGUAGAGGAUGUCUUCGAGUGA